AUACUUAUCAUGUUGACAUUCAAACUUUCUUCAUCUUCCAAUGUCUACACCUUAUUCCUCUUACUUCUUCUACUCAAUAUUUCUCUAUGCUCAGCUAUUGUACUACCUACAACCCUAAUCCUUCCGGUCACCAAAGACUCAUCAACCCUACAAUACAUUACGGUAAUAGGGCAAAGAACUCCUCUAAUACCCGUAAACUUCACUGUCCACCUUGGUGGCGAAAGCUUGUUGGUGGAUUGUGAAAGAGGUUACGACAGCUCAACUUACAAACCAGCUCGAUGUAAGUCCAAACAAUGUUCUUUUGCCAAGGUUAGGUUUGAUUCCUGUGGAGACUACUGCCUAUCAAAACCACAUCCUGGAUGCAACAACAAUACUUGCCAUUAUCUAGUUGGAAAUCCCGUUAUUACUACUUACACGUACGGUGCAGAACUUGCUGAGGAUGUGUUGGCAAUUGGGACAGCGCCAGUCGUCCUUGUCUCUAAACCAAGGUUCAUUUUCACUUGCGUUGAGUCUUAUUUAAUGAGACGUCUCGCCAAAGGAGUCAAAGGUAUUGCAGGUUUUGGACACAAUAGUACAAUUUCCAUUCCUAAUCAACUUGCUUCAUUAGACUCGAGAUUCACCAGGAAGUUUGGUAUUUGUUUGAGUUCAUCUACAAGAUCUAGUGGAGUUAUUUUCAUGGGUUCUAGUCCAUAUUAUGUUUACAAUCCUAUGAUUGAUAUCUCGAAGAAUCUUGUAUAUACCCCACUAGUCAAAAAUCCCUUGGACUCGUUGACUCCUACGGAGUACCAUGUCAAAGUUUCAUCCAUUCGAAUUGCAGGAAAAGACGUGUCACUUAAUAAAACAUUGUUAUCUAUUAAUGAGCAAGGUCAUGGUGGGACACGAAUCAGCACAACAAUACCUUUCACAAUCUUGCACACUAGCAUUUAUGAAGUUGUUAAAAAUGCUUUCAUCAAGGCGCUUCCUAAGAAAGCGACAAUGGUAGAUCCUCCUAUGAAACGAUUUGGAGUUUGCUUUAGUUCCAAAAACAUUAAGACCACAAAUGUUGGACCAGAUGUUCCUGUGAUCGAUUUUGUUUUGCACAAUAAGACUACAUUUUGGAGGAUUUAUGGGAUAAAUUCAGUGGUACAAGUUAAAAAGGACGUUAUGUGUUUAGCAUUUGUCGGACGAGACCAAACAUGGGAACCAUCGAUUGUGAUAGGAGGACAUCAAUUGGAAGAGAACCUCUUGAUAUUUGACCUUCCAAGUAAGAAGAUAGGUUUUAGCUCCUCACUCAAGCUCCAACAAACAUCAUGUUCUAAGUAUGAUAAAACCUCUAAGAGUUAACGAGAA